CUGGAGAGCUACCAGGGAAGCCUUUUUAGUAUCUAUAUAUAGCUUGAUCUGAAUGAAUGCAUUCUUCUGGGAAUAUAUACUAAAGUCUAUAAUUGGAACUUUAAAAUCUUUUAAUGUGGAAAUUUCAAAGAUUUGUAGCCUAACAGCAAAGUGACAGUUGGGUUCUAAAUUCCAACUCAGUCUCUUCCACCAUUUUAUUUGAAAUAAAUUCAAACAUAGUCAACUGUUUCCAGAUGUGUGCCUAGAUACACAUAUUUCUAAAAUAGAAGAAUAUUAAUAGUCCAGUUUGGAAUAUUUAAUGAGUGUUUACAUCAGAUUACUUUCUAAAAUGAAAAAAUAUUAAAAUGUGAUAAAAGCUAUGAUUCAGGAGAAAGGAACUGGUUUUGAUUGUAUACUGGCAAGUGACUUUAUGUUUUGGAUGUUGAGGUAAAAUAUAGGAAGAAACUUUUUUUUUGGCCUUGAGGCUUAUGGGAUCAUGGUUUCCCAACCAGGGAUUGAACCUGGGCCAUGGCAGUGAAAGCACCAAGUCCUAAAUAUUGGACCUCCCAGGACCUCGCUAAAAAUUUUUUUUACAGAGACUAAAAUAAAAAUUCAAUGUGUGACUCCUGGCCCAUUUAAGAAAUUUGAACUUCAGAUACAUGGGGAUGAUAGCUAAAGUCAUCUCCAAGGACAAUAUAAGGAGGGGAGAAUCUUGAGAAACUUAAUUUCAAGCCAUCUGAGGUUAAUAUUGAGAUUAAUAAUUUUGAGUUCUAAGUAAAAUUAAAUGAAUAGAGUAAGCCCGUCUGCUAAAGGAAGAAUUAAAUGCUGAAUGCAAGUGGUUAUAAUUAAAGAGAUUUAAGAAAUGCUUUAAGAUGUCAUUCAACUUCAUUUUGGUAAUAAUUGAUGUGGAAAAUGUUAACAAUAUUUGUCCAAGGUUACUUAUGGGAUCGGCUUCUUCGUUUCUCUACUUUUUGUGUGUGUGUGUUCCACAGCCCUUUCUGAAAGACAGUAUAUUUUGUAUCUAAAUCAGUAAUGCCAGAAACUGCCUUGAGGCUUAAAACAAUCAAACUAGAAAAUAGCAUAAUUGCAAUUAGAAAUCUAAAUUCUAUUUAGAUAGAGAGGUGUUUCUUUAAAUUGUGAAUAAAUGGCUAUGUCUUUGGGAUGGGGUAUUAUUUUUCUUAGGUACAGUAUAUUUUCAUUUUAAUGUUUGAAACUAUAUGUAAUUCAAGCUUUCAUCCUAGCUCUUUGCUUCCAUAGCAGGGGUCCUCAAAUUUGUGUAAAGGAUUAGACAGUAAAUAUUUUGGGCUUUGGGAGCCAUAAGAGCUCAAUGACAGCUUUUCAACCUUGCCACUGUAAUGUAAAAGCCAUAUAAAAGGCAAAUUAAUGAGUGGGGCUUUGUUUCAGUCAUGGUCACUUAAUUUUGAAUUUAAUUUCUGAUGAAAUACUACUUUCAUGCCCCCCGCACACACCUGUUCAAAUUCUUAGCUCAUGGGUCAUAGUUUGCCAACUGUGUACUAUUUUAUAGACCUACAGGUACUGUCAAAUCUAUAGUUGGUACAGUAAUUUAAAAUAUUUCAUGGCUUAAGUUGGCGCUCAUGGGUGGCUUUUUUUUUUUUAAUGAACUUUCCUAGGCUAUCUUUUGUAAGUAAAGAUUUGAUAGGCAGAAAAACUUACUAAUUGUCAGAUAUAAUGCUCUGGCCUAACUGAAACAUGUAGUUGGGUUUUAUUUAUAGAUAAUAGUUAAUUUGGGACUUCGUUCAUGAUGUAUAUAACAACUCACAUAUCUUUUGAAGGCAAAAGAGCGUGCCAAUGGAAUGGAGCUUGAUGGACGUAGGAUCAGAGUUGACUUCUCCAUAACGAAAAGACCACAUACUCCAACACCAGGAAUUUACAUGGGGAGACCUACCUAGUAAGUUUGUUUUCAAGCUUCUCAAAAUAUUGACAGUUCACUUCAGGGCACAGGGAGGCUUUUGGCAGCUGACUCAAAGUUAAAUUCAAUAUAAAUGUAUUCAGUAGAAGCAUUCGGUUAGUACCAUAAAUUCUGAUGACAUGUAAUAGAUUAAUCACAUCCUACUUUUAUCAUAAAGAAAUGCCAUAUAUUUGACAUUGCUGGGUAAUUAAAUGAUUCUCACCAGACCAAUUUUCCCAUGCUGGUAACUAUUAAGUAUUAAUGUAGGUAAAACCAAGUUUGUAUAAAUCUUAUUCAGUGGCAGCUCACGCCGUCGAGAUUACUAUGACAGAGGAUAUGAUCGAGGCUAUGAUGAUCGGGACUAUUACAGCAGAUCGUACAGAGGAGGAGGAGGAGGAGGAGGAGGAUGGAGAGCUGCGCAAGACAGGGAUCAGAUAUACAGAAGACGGUCACCUUCUCCCUACUAUAGUCGUGGAGGAUACAGAUCACGUUCCAGAUCUCGAUCAUACUCACCUCGUAAGUGUUUAUUUUGACAUAAUUUUGUUAUAAUAGUGUGACUUGCUAUGACUUAUGGAAACCACAGCAGAUAACGGGUUGAUUUAAUUAGUAUUUCCUCAAUUUUUCUGUAGGGUUCAAGGAAGUAUAUGGAAACAACCCUUGGAUCUUACUCUUGUUGCUGAUUAAAAUAAUGUGUGUUCUGUCACCAUUUGUGGCUUUUUUUUUUUUUAGGAAUUGUUAAAAAAUUUUUUACAGCUUAGAAACAUUUUUGAGUGACUUAAUAAACCUUAGCUUUCAGAUUGAGUUAGAUAAACUCCCAGCUAUUUCUGUUUAACAUUGGUUCUGCACUAUGUGAAGGUUUUCAUAAGAGAAUCUGGUACAUAGGAAUUUCCAGAUGACAGAAAAGUUUAAAAUUCUCAACGUUAAAUGUAUGCACUUGAGUAUUGAAGUGUAUUUAUUUCCUUUUUUUCUAGGUCGCUAUUAAAGCAUGAAGUUGAAGACUUUCUGAAACCUGCCCUAGAGUUGGGAUA